AUGGAUGGAGAAACAGAUGCACAAAAAUUACUACGCAUGCAAGGCGAGUAUCUUGACUCAUCUCUACAAUGUGCAUUCACCGUGUACAUCAAGAAUCUGGACACUUCGGCGUCAAAUCAAGACAUCUCUACACACUUUAAAUCAUGCGGAGUCAUCUCAAGGAUAAACAUGCUUGGAAGCGGAUCCAAGAAGUAUGCAACAAUAGAUUUUGCAUCAGAAAAGUCAAUUGAAAUGGCACUACUGUUCAACGGAUCCGUUCUGAAAGGAAAGAGAAUAAUCGUGCAGAAAAAGAAAGACUUUGAUAAGAAAUAA